AUGGGUCGCAAGGAAGAGGAGGACAGCGGCUCCUGGAAGAAACAGACGAGCAACAUCCGAAAAACUUUCAUUUUCAUGGAGGCCCUGGGAUCAGGUGCCUUUUCAGAAGUGUUCCUCGUGAAGCACAGAAGCACUGGGAAGCUCUUUGCUCUGAAGUGCAUCAAGAAAUCUCCUCUCACCAGGGACAGCAGCCUGGAGAAUGAAAUAGCAGUGCUGAGAAAGAUAAAGCACGAAAACAUUGUGACUUUAGAAGAUAUUUAUGAGAGUACAACCCACUACUACCUGGUGAUGCAGCUGGUGUCUGGGGGAGAGCUCUUCGACCGGAUUUUGGAACGAGGCGUUUACACGGAGAAGGAUGCGAGCGUGGUGAUCCACCAGGUCCUGACAGCAGUCAAAUACCUCCACGAAAAUGGAAUAGUUCACCGGGACCUGAAGCCUGAAAACCUCCUUUACCUUACUCCUGAAGAGAACUCCAAAAUCAUGAUCACAGACUUUGGCUUGUCUAAAAUGGAGCAGAAUGGGAUCAUGUCCACUGCCUGUGGGACUCCAGGAUACGUUGCCCCUGAAGUGCUCGCCCAGAAACCAUACAGCAAGGCUGUAGACUGCUGGUCCAUUGGAGUCAUCACCUACAUCCUGCUCUGUGGGUAUCCUCCUUUCUAUGAAGAGACUGAAUCCAAACUCUUUGAGAAGAUUAAGGAAGGCUACUAUGAGUUUGAGUCUCCAUUCUGGGACGAUAUCUCUGAGUCAGCCAAGGAUUUCAUCAGACAUUUGCUGGAGAAAAACCCAACCACGAGGUUCACCUGUGAAGAAGCCUUGAGGCACCCAUGGAUUAAUGGCAAUACAGCCCUUCACCGUGACAUAUACCCAUCUGUCAGUGCUCAGAUUCAGAAAAACUUUGCAAAGAGCAAAUGGAGGCAAGCAUUCAACGCCGCAGCCGUCGUGCACCACAUGAGGAAGCUCCACAUGAAUGGUCAGGCAGCAGCUGAAAGCUCCCUCUCCAUCACACAAGACUCAGAGGCCUCCAGACCCAGCACACCCGUGGUGGCCACCUGGCCAACCCCACCAGACGAGGACAAGGAUGUGUCACUCCCUCAGGAACCCACCCAAGGCUGUCCAAACCCUCCCACUCAGGAGCAGGACAUAGAAAUGGGAGAGGAGAAGCUGCAAAGCCCCUCAGAGAAGGGGGCACUGCCCGUGGGCAGCAGCCUGGGCCUGCCAGACAACCUGAACACACCAACCAGAACUUCUUGUGGCUGCAACCCAGCCUGCGUGGGGCACGAGAAAACCAAGGUGUCCUUCUGCUCCGAGACAGUGCUGCUGAAAAAGUCUGCAAAAUCCCAUCAUUUCAAAUCAGAAGUUCUUGUUCCAAUGAAAAGCAGUAAACACUCUUCUCACUGUGGCUCUGGGCAAACUGGAGUUUGUUUGGUGAUGUGAUGAGGAAGCAGCCAGUGGGCUGCCCACAUCACCAGUGACACAGAAGGGCUGUUUUACUCUUUUCUGCACUUCAAAGCCAGACAUCAAC